UCUCGCCUUAUUAUUUUAUAGAGUAGGCGACAAACUAUGUUUCAAGUUAACUGUGAUCGAAUGUCUGAAUUUAUUUCCAUUAUCCCAGGAAUAAAUCAUAUGGAGGAGGUGGUAAUUUUUAACUGACGCAGUGACGGUAAUUAACUUGAUUGUUUGACCCGACCAUGACCCGACUAUAGGGGUGACUUAACAGUAACAUGUCUCAGUUUAUAAACAAGAUCCUUUGCCCGUCUCGUGAUAUUCGUUGUUUUUGCGCAGUUAUUUGAAGUAUCACAUCACAUUUCUAAGUCAUGCAGCUAGCUUUUGCCGCCAGUCAUCAUGCAAGUAGAUAUGCUAGACGUAUAUCGCGUACUGGAGUAUUUUUAAAUGCCGUUUUGAGAGUAAGACAUGGAAGAGGUGGAAGUGGGACUACGUUGCUGUCAUUGUGCACGUGCUCUAAGCAAGGUGCGACCAAGCUUCACUCCAACUUCUUGUACUUAGCCACACAGACAUUAUUCUCCAAGUCAACCCUACAUGUGCCUUCCAGGAGGAAUCUUUGUAGUCAUGGUGACAGUGAAGACAUAAGCACAUCAGAAAGGGGAGAUGGAAGAAGUGAGCUCGGAGAGAGAUCAAAUAAUGAGCCCAGAGUACCAUUUUAUGAUAUUGUCAUAAUUGGAGGUGGCAUGACAGGAUGUGCUAUGGCUUGUGCAUUGGGACUUGAAGCUUCACUUGAUCCAUACAAGAUAUUGAUGGUUGAGGGUGGUGACAAACCAAAGGCAUUACCUGAAGACUUGUCUGGUAAUCAAUAUAGCAACAGAGUAUGCGCUCUUAGUCAGAGUUCUGUGGACCUGCUCUCAAGUAUUGGAGCCUGGUCUCGCAUGGUCAGCCAUAGAGUACAACCUGUGCGUAGCAUGCAGGUGUGGGAUGCCUGCUCAGAUGCUUCUAUCUCAUUCAGAAACAACCAGGAGAUGAGUCCAGACCUUGCCUUCAUUGUAGAGAAUGAUGUAACUGUGGAUGCACUGAACAGACAACUAGAGCAGCUUGGAAAUAGAGUUAAGAUUCAGUACAAUAACUCUGUCAGAGAGAUUAAGGUGCCAGACCAGAGUGUGUCAAAUGAAGACAGCUGGGUGCAAGUCGAACUAGCAAGUGGCCAAGUCAUGAAGACGCGCAUUCUGAUUGGUGCAGAUGGUGCAAGCUCUGUGGUCAGGAAGCUAUGUGAUUUUCCCUUUGUACAAUGGAAGUAUGACCAAUCAGCAGUGGUUGCUACACUCCAUCUAUCAGAGCCAACAGAAAAUGUGGUUGCUUGGCAGAGAUUUCUUCCUACUGGACCUAUAGCAAUGUUACCGCUGACCAAUGAGUUGAGUUCUCUUGUAUGGAGUACCACUCAUGCUCAAGCCGAGAGUCUUUUAGUAAUGAAUGCAGAGCAGUUUGUGGAUGAAGUAAACAAUGCAUUUUGGGAUGACAGCCACAAAGACCAAAUGGCCACUAGUGCAGGUGAAUUUCUGAACAGUAUGUUGUCAUUUGUCCAACCUGAUGGGUCAGCGGUCAGACAGCUACCACCUAGUGUGUCCAGUAUCUCAUCAGCAAGUAGAGCUAUGUUCCCCCUGUCUCUUGGACAUGCCUCACACUAUGUCAAACCACGUGUUGCUUUGAUUGGUGACGCAGCUCACAGAGUGCAUCCCAUGGCUGGCCAAGGUGUCAAUCUUGGAUUUGCUGAUGUUGUAUGUCUCAGAGACUCCCUAGUUUCAGCAGCUACUAUGGGCAAAGACCUCGGUUGCUUGUCACAUCUCCUUGAGUACGAGACCAAACGACAGCAAGGGGUUAUCCCUGUUGUUGCAGUCAUUGAUGGCUUGAAACGCCUCUAUUCAACAGACAAUCCCAUUCUGGUGUUGACACGGAGUCUGGGACUACAGGCAACAAAUGCCAUGACUCCAUUGAAGCAACGGAUCAUAACCUUGGCUGCUGGAAGGUAGAAUCAUGUUAGAGAUGCCAUCAACCAUUUCACUUACCAACAGAUCUAGACUCCAGACAUCUGUGUGGUCCAGAUAUCACAGAUGCUAAUUGUGAAAGCUUGUGGCACACAGUGCUAUUCUGCAUAUGAAACUGAAGAACAAAGUGCACAACUGCCAGCUGUGACAGUACAAAUCAAAGAAGUAGGUUUAGAAAGCAUUAUUUCUAGCAAACAUUGUAAUGAAGGCAAUUAAGAAGGGCAUUUGAAUGGCAGUGUAGGACAGACGGCUAUCCAUACAUGGAAGAGUCUAGGGAACGAAUAUGUCUGCUGCUUACUGAUAGGCAAGAUGGCUGUCCAAGCAUCCUUUACAUCCUCCACCUCUUAACCUUUCCUGCCAGGUGCUUUAAACAAUGCAGUGCCUACACACGGGCGAUUUGCAAUAUCUUCGGUUUUCAAAAAUCUUCAUAAAUUCUUAUUUUUUCCCCCUGAACCCUAAACCCCAUGGAGUGACUGUCUG